AUGGAAAUGCGCAUGCUCACAACUGAACGUAUUCCUUUUUCGACUUUGGUUCUCCGGGAUGGUACCGUGUACUUCAGUGUCCUCUUGCUACUUAAUAUUGCAGACAUAAUAUUAUUCUCUUCUGGGAUUUUUCAGAACUUAUCAGCAUUCAAUCUCCUGCUCACCCCACUUUUAUUGUCACAAUUCUUGCUCAAUCUACGCGAAGCAAGCACCGGAUGCAGCACUGAUACUGACCAAUGUCAGAUGUCAUCCCUCAAUAUCUUGGGAAACCUAGGAGCAUCGCUCAAUUAUACUUCGGCUUUCCAAGAGGAUGAGCAAAGGGACGGGGAAGCUGACGAAAUUCAAGAUGAAUCACCUGCCGCGGUAGAGGGUCUUCCUAUCGAAACUGAUCCACAGGCGAAACAGCAGGAGGCAUAA